GCACCAGCCACAGGUGGGGAGAACAGGUGUCCAGCCAGCCAACUGCCAUGGAGUGGGUCAGCUCCUUCUUCGACUCACUCUGGAAUCUCAUUCACACCAAGCACCAGGAGGGCAUCUUCAACACUGUCUGCCUGGCCGUGCUGUUGGGGCUGCCCUUCCUCGUCCUCCUCGUCGUCCUCAUCAUCUGCUGUCACUGCUGCUUCUGUAGACGGCAGGGCAAAGGCAGCAGCAAUGGCAGCAGCAGCAACGGGCAGGUCCCAGCAGAGAGGAACAAAAAAAGGAAGAAGAAGGGUGAAGAGGACCUGUGGAUCUCGGCUCAGCCCAAGCUGUUCCUGCUGGACAAGACACCGUCACUGCCCGUCUAG